GUGUUAUCUGUAACCAUCGAUGAUGAGACUGUGGUCAAUUACAUUAUGACUACACUUGACAAUUCCGCGCUUGCACUGCGUAUUGCAGCGAGAUGCAACCUACCCGGGGCAGAGGAUCUGUUUAUUAGAAAGUUUGAAGCGCUGUUCCAAGCUAGCCAAUACAGUGAGGCUGCUAAAAUAGCUGCCAACGCGCCGAAAGGAAUCCUUCGUACACCGCAAACAAUCCAAAGGUUUCAACAGGUUGCCACCGUUCCCGGUCAAACUUCAGCAUUGCUCCAGUACUUCGGCAUCUUGCUGGAACAGGGACAGCUUAAUAAAUUUGAAAGUCUCGAACUCUGCCGCCCCGUGUUGCAUCAAGGAAGAAAGCAGUUGCUCGAGAAAUGGCUUAAGGAAGAGAAACUGGAAUGUUCCGAGGAGUUGGGGGAUCUGGUAAAACAGGCGGAUCCUACUCUAGCCCUUUCUGUUUACCUUCGUGCCAAUGUACCACCUAAAGUUGUGCAAUGCUUUGCUGAAACUGGACAGUUUCAGAGGAUCAUCAUCUAUGCGAAAAAAGUUGGAUAUACACCGGAUUACAUUUUCCUGCUUCGAAACUUGACUCGCAUCAAUCCUGAUCAGGGAUUGCAGUUUGCACAGAUGCUUGUUCAGGACCAAGAACCCUUGGUGGAUUUAGAACAGGUUGUCAACGUAUUCAUGGAUCAGGGUCUUGUUCAACAAUGCACCUCGUUUUUGUUGGAUGCACUCAAGCAUAACAGACCUUCUGAGGGUCAUUUACAAACCAGGCUGUUAGAAAUGAAUUUGCUUUCUGCGCCACAGGUGGCUGAUGCUAUUCUUGGAAACCAAAUGUUCACGCAUUAUGAUCGCGCUGCCGUGGCUCAACUGUGUGAAAAAGCCGGUCUCCUCCAGCGGGCUUUAGAACACUACACAGAUUUAUAUGAUAUCAAAAGAGCCGUUGUGAACACGCAUUUGUUAAAUCCUGAAGUAAGCCUUUCCGUCCGUAUUGGUUUAUCAGAAUCCGGUUAUGGUUAUUGCUGUUCUCUCAUGCAUCUGUUGAUAUUCCCUUGUUUACAAAUUUCAUUUCAUGAUUUGUAA